AUGGAACCUAGAAUCACAGGCGGAGAAAUUGUGAUAGCAGAAAACUCUAGAUUACAAGUACGAAUUUAUGAAUUGCAACACAGAAUUAAUGCUCUGAAUGCUGAUAAAGAUGAAUUGAUUCAUAACAUUCAAAUUCGUGCAGCAAAUGAAAAUCUGACACAAUUAAAUACUGCAUUACGAACUGUUUUAAGAGAUGCAGAAGAUGAGAAAGAUCAUUAUAAAGCUGCAAAUAUUAAAGAAUUUGAUGAUUUUAUUUCAAAUUAUAUUUUUGGAUUGUUUAACAAUAUCGGAAU